AUGGCUGCUGGAGUAGGUUCUUGGGCCCCACCUCGGCCGCCUGUAGCGGAUGUGAUUGCACUGAGCGACGACAGUGACAGUGACGGUGACGCUAGGCCGCGGAGGCUGCGGAGGAGCGGCAGAGGCGCGCGGGGGAGAAGAAGGGGCUGUGCAGCUAGCAAGGCCUUUGCUGCUGCGUGCAGCAGUGCUGCUCUUAUCGUGCUGGAUGAUGAUGAUGAGGACGAUGAGGAGAGGGAGAGGGAAAGGGAGAGGGAGAGGGAGAGGGAGAGGGAGAGGGAGAAGGAGAGGGUGAGGGAGAGGGAGAGGGAGAGGGAGAAGGAGAGGGAGAAGGAGAAGGAGAGGGAGAAGGAGAGGGAGAAGGAGAAGGAGAGGGAGAGGGAGAGGGAAAAGGAGAAGGAGAAGGAGAGGGAGAAGGAGGAGAAGGAGAAGGAGAAGAAGGAGAAGGAAAACCAGGAGAAGAUUGGGAAGGAGAAGGCAGAAAAGAGAGCAGCUGAUGCGGUCACAGGUGGUGCAAAGGUGGGCGUUGUAAAGGAGAGCAGUACUGAAGUGGUUGACCUUCCUAGCAAGCCUUCCAGGCCUGUGGGUGCCACUGGUAAUAACGCCACUGAGGAGAUGGAGAGAAUCGAGGGUGGUGGUAACCCUAUCAACCCCGGCCUGCUCUCCCCCCGCCUAACCUCCCCCCUUGGCUCGCCUGCUGCUCCAUCUCGCGUAAACCCCCUCAGUCCCAGCAGCAAGGCUGGCAAGACGGGUUGCAUGACCUCCCAUGCUGCUGCCAUGCCGGGCUAUGCAGCAGCACAUGGGGACGCUGAGGCAGGGAAGGAGAGGGGCGAUGGAGAGGAGGCGUGGGAUGGGUGGGGGGAAGGGAGUGAUGACCGCGGGGCAGGUGAAAUGGAUGACCCUCAGCUGGAGCUGUAUCGAAGGGAAGUGAGCCAUUUCAGGGAGCAGCAGGCAGAGUUGGCUCGGAUGAGGGAGCAGCUGUCAGACCAGGGGCUGCGGCAGCAUGUGAUGUCAGCAUGCCCCGUGCCUUCACCAGAGCCGCAGCUGAAUAGGCCAAGAGGGGGAGAAGCAGCGGAGCAUGGGGAGGAGGGGGGAGGCGAGCGGAUUCGGCUGCGGGUGACUGGGAGCCUGGGAGAGCACAUGUUCCGACUGGCCAAGGGCGACAAGCUGGAAAAGCUGUUCACGGCGUAUGCCAACAAGGUGGGGGGGUUGCCAGUGGGCUCGUUCAAGUUUGUCUUUGAUGGCGAUGCGCUAAAGGGUGAUUCAACACCGGCAGACCUGGACCUAGAGGAUGAGGACCAGAUAGAAGCUGUGCGGAAAUAA